GAUAGUUCAUGGAUAAAGAGCCACUCACGCCUGUUCCAUCAGAGCAACUUCUUGGACCUGGAUAUGGUCAAGGUGUAUGGCCUUUGCGUGAGCGGUUGGCAUUGGCUACAGCUCUUUUAGACGUAGAUAAUCAGCAGGGAACCUGGUCAUCUACCAGUCGUCGUCUGAUGCCAUUUUCUAAACCAGGUCGGCCACCCACAUGGUGUUCCCCUAGAGCAUGUGCGAAGCAGUACGCCUUACUUCUAGAUUCAAUUGAAUUGGUCAAGCGACAAAAUAUGCCAGGGAGUGACUCUCAGUCAAGUCAGCUGAGUUUAGCUGAGCGUGUUGUGAAGCGUUUGAGUGCUGAACGAGCAGAAGAAUUAAGGUCGCGUAUACAACGUGAACAGAAGUACUACAGUUCAUUGAAAAGUAUUAUUUCGAACGUGGAAUCUGGCAUGUACGACAGUCAGUUGCCCAUUUUGUUGGAGCAAAUCAAGUCUUUCACUGAAUCAAAAAACAAACCAGAAAAUGUUACACCUGGAAAGAAUACUUCUCAAAUUGACAGUCCUUCGAAAACUGCGACUUCUGCUGGAGAUAAAACUACCAAUGAAUUAGAACGCCAACCAGAGGUAAAAUGCUCAGAUAAGGGAGAUUCGGGAAACGUAUCUGCUGAAAGUAGUCCACAGGGUGCUGAGAACCUUCUCGGAUUAGUGAGGGAAAUACAAGAUUUUUAUCGCAUUCCUGAUUCAACAUGGUACUGUGCUCCUGGUCCGAUAAACAGUUGUAAGGCCUUUGGAAGUGUGACAAGUAGAUCUCGUCCGUCCACUGCAUCCGGUCCUGUUAAAUCCUCCCGUGUACUGGAUGAAGCAUCAUCAUCACGUCGAGAAUCUGUAGUGGGUUCCAGACAUUCGGCUAAGAAAUCUAUGAAUUUUAAGUCUGGUAAACACGAUUCGGGUCAUGCUACAGCUGCUUCACGUGCUGCUGAAGCAACAAAACAAAGGUAUUUGUCAAGAGCAAACAAGAGCAAAUUUACGCAUAAUUUCGAAAAAUCUAAUCAAAAUAAAAAAUGCCGUAAGCAACCUAAUGAACAUAAAAAUUUAUCUGACAAUGCCUCACAUAAAUAUCAAUAUCGAAAUUCUAUUGCUUCAACUUCUGCAUCAAAAGCAAAUCGUGUGUAUGGAGGUGUCACUCGAAAAUCGAAGCUAUCGGGUUCCAUGAUACCUCACCAAAAGCAAGACAGUAAUAUGAUUAGAAAUACUGUGUUCCAAAAACAAGAAAUUGCUAAUAAUUCUAGUGAUGAUGAUGAUGAUGGCGACAAUAAACCGGAUGAUGAGAGUUCCCUGUAUGAAGAGACAUCAACUGACAUGCAGACAGACACGCCUUCGUCAACACCAUCCACAAUCGCUAUGUAUGCGUCUGAUUUUGAAGAUUUUCUGGUUGAAGAAGACGAUAAAUCAGACAAUACUGUUCCGAUUGACGAUUCUGCUACAUACUGUGCUUUAGAUAACGAUAGACAAGUCACAGAAACGAUUGAUGAGAAUGAGGCGUAUCUUUCGAAUUCUGAAGAUGAUAAGUGCAUUGCAUCAGAUGUUGCCUCGUCUCUGUCUACUGAAGCUGUAGCUGAAGUUGAAUGUGAGGCUUCAGAUAAGCUUUCCUCAGUUUCCCCUAGUCCGACAAUUGUCAAUACCACUGACGUUAUCGACACUGUGAUUGAAGAGGACAUAGAAAGCAAUGAAACAAGUCAAAGAUCACUUGUAGAAACGGCUAUUGAAAGCUUUGUUGAAGUUUCACCUGUCGCUAUUAAUCAUCCUCAAAUUGAAAGUAGGAAAGAUUUCGAAGGGGAAGAAGUUUCAGCGACAGAUGUGAACUCUCCAAAAGUAGCUGCUGAAACUGAAAUCUUUGAAAAUACUGUAACUAACGCUGAGUCUAGUGAUACAUCAACGAACCUCGUGCCUACUGAUGUGGAGCAUGAGUCGAGCAAAACUGGUUCGGAUAAGCCAAAUACUCCUGAUUUGACUUCGAGGACUUCUGAACCUGUGGCUGAUGAAUCUGGCCAGUUGAAUAACUCGUCCACUGAAGGAGGUCGUAAAUAUCGUAGUCUUACACUUCGAUUGAGUCGAAAAGGUACUCAACUUGUUGUUGUAUCUUCUUCAGAAUCAACACCAAAUUGUUCAUCGCAAGAUUUGAAUACAUCGUCAAUAGAAACAUCUGUUGAUAAUACUUCUUCUCAUGAUAGUGAUUGGCGUAGUUGGGCAAGUCAACUUUUAAGUAGUGGUGAACGAAUUGUGAAUACGUUGAUGUCGAAGAAUGAACGUUUGGUGCUUUCCCCUCGUUCCAAAAAUCAAUUGUCGGAAUCUCAAAUAAAAGAAUUGAUCGAUGAAUUACUAGAUCCUGUUGCGAGUGAUUUGAAUAAAGGAUUGGUUACAUCUAAGCUACAGUUUAUACAUCGUUUAUUGCACCAAAUAGCUGAGACCAGAAUGAUACGACCAAGUAAUACAAUUAGACACCGUAUAGCUAUCGAGUUGUAUGAACAAUGGGUUCAACAAUUGCAAAUAGACGUUCCAGAGCCAAGUUUCACAUCAACGCCUAACUAUUCAAACGUGAAUACCUCAGUGAGUAUUGUUGAAUAACAUCUAUGUAUUAUUAUGGUUCAGUGUAUUCUUUUCGUGAAUUACUUUAUUCUGUUGAAACCAAUAAUAAUGUUAAGUAGAAGUGAGUAAACAAAACAAUGCAAUUGUGAAAGAAUUUCACAGUAGGAAAUUGUGUAUGCAGUUACAUUGUCUCUACGAGGGUGUAAUCAGUUAUGUUAAUAAUUCCCUGUUUCGAUAAUGAGGAUUUCAGUGAUAAAUAUUGAUUCUGUGUAGAUACUAAUCCUCUCUGAGGUUGAGAUGCUACUGUGAUGUGAAUCCUAGGUAAAAAUUCACUUGUGUAUUUAUUUCCCUCUCCAUCAAAUAUUAACCUAUUCAUCAUCAGAUUGUUAGCUACCGAGAAAAGAGGAUUUAAUGAGUCGGUAUUGUCAAGUGUUGGUCAAGUGUUGUGGAGAUUUGAUUUGAUUUCAAGUUUGAUGAUGGAGUGAAAUCGGAUAGGAGAUCAUUGGGCACCAGGAAGUACCGGACACUUGUUUCCUUCUAGUUCUGAACUGUUUGGCGGUACGGACUCAGUCAGUCAGUUACUAAUGAGGGUUGGGGUACGUAUCGUGAGUUGUCAGAAUUUAACAUUCCCAGGUCAUUGAAGUCCGUCUCGUCGCCUGAACGAUUGAGGGUCUUACCUAGUAACCUUGAGGGUCUUAGGUUUUAUCCCAGGUGGUGUUGCUGGAUAGUCCCAAAUAGGGAAGAGAAAGCUGUUCAGUGGUUACCUAACUGAUGCAACUUGAAGUCGGAAAUCAUCUGAGACGCGACGUGCAUACUCUACUCUGUGCUUGCCUACUUCAUGUGUCAUACCACAUAAUUAUCGUGCGCACGAAAAUACUACAUGUUGAAAGAGUUUCGCAAUGAAUUCUAUGUUAGAACUGACCACACUCCUAAACAACACUUGCUGAUGGGAAAUGUGGUGGAAUAAAGUACACACGUAGACGGAAAAUUGAAACAUGAACAAAUUUGAGUUUAGAAGUCAAGCUGUGUUUAUCUAGUGUGUGUGUGUGUGUAUGUGUACCUCACAAAUGCUGUUUGGCUUCAGUCGUGUUCAUGUAAUGAUAUUGUGGAUCGGUUAUGAUUAUUUUGUCUACUGCAAUUCCCAACAUGGAAGUAUGAGGAGAGGAAUCCCGACUGAACAUUUAUUCGACAAAAUAUUUUCAAUGUUCCGAGAAUACUGAUGCUGAUUUCGUGUGUGUGUGUGCUGCAAAUAUACCUGUAAUCAUAUUGAAGUCGGUGGUGUAGAUGUUGUCUAGUGAGACAAUGAAAGCCUCCCAAUUCGCCCAGCCGACUGAGAGAACACAAGUUUCCCAAUAUACUCGUAGUCUGAAUUGGUAUUAGAUGGCUGGAAACAAUCGUCAGGUGAUGAUUGUCUCCAUCUGGUCACUCAGCUUGCAAAGUUGACUGUGAUGAAAUUCAACCGUGAUCAACAAUAGCGACCAGAUGUUGUAUGAAUGGCACUGGUUACUCUCCGGUGAUCAAUCAGUGUAUACUUGUAGUCUUUUGUGCUGAAUUCAUUGUAUAUUUAUUCCGUGUUUUAGGGAUAUAUACCUUCUCGUUGAAAUGCAUUAAUUCCAUAUGAGGUAUACACUAUACUGUUGAUCUUUUCUAUGUACAACUUUUAACUGUACAACUGUUAAUACAUUGAUUGUUUUGUGCUAAACCAUAUAUAGCUAUCUUGGUCAAAUGAGUCAGGGGAUAAUUCACUGGAUGCAUCAAGCAAUCAUCCGCCUACCUUAACGUCGAUCACUUCAUCGCUUGAUUCAUCCUCAUCUAAACUAUCUAGUGAUAUUGUUGUAAGUUGUCAUUGUCGUUGUUCUUGUAUGUUGAUUUUUAAGCAUUCACCCUUGUGCUUGUUUAGGUAUGCCUGUUGGGUCAUGCGUGUGUACAACUGAAAGAUUCCAAACUUUCGCUGCUUUCGAUGAUUUUCAGACGGAUGUCAGUUUGUGAUCUAACUGGAAAUCAACCAAAUAGUGUUGAGAAGUUAUCAAAGUUCCAUUUAAUAUAAUCUGGUAGAUGUGUUUCUUCAAAUUAGUUUGGAUAGUUGAGAGGUGGUGUUACUUUGUUCUGACGCUUGUACCGUUGUUUCUUCUGCUGCUUAUAUCAGCCAACAUUGUUUGCACUUAUUACAGCUUUUUGCUGAACUUCAUGAGUCAUAUUUGACCAAGUAUUGGUAUUGUUUGUUUCGUCGAUUACGAGUGCAACGUAGAGAGCUUCAGCGUCACAUCUCCAUUGAGUUUUGUUCUCUGUCGUCUUUUCUAGUUUUCUCCAAAACUGCUACCUGGCUUUCAUUUUAUCUUUAUGUGAAUCCCUCCCUCGGACGUCCAACUGGUUGCUUUUGUCCGCGGACACUUGAAGGUCUCCUUGACAUAUGUCAAAUUCGUCUCCAUCUCCUCGUGCUUGUUAGUCUAGUGAUAGUUCUUUUACUGGUUCGCUGGAAAAGUUCCCCAUUGCUUAUCCUUUCUGACUAUCUGAUAUUCAGUAUCUAUCGGAGACAGGUGUCGAUGACAGUCAGCGGAAGACUUGUUGGAAAUGCUUUUGGUGACGUAUGAAGUCUGUGAGGCUUGUUUCCGCAGUGACUUGACAUUAGCGUUGGGUAUUAAUUCAGACCAUGUUUCUUGUUCCAGGUGUUUUAGAUCUAUCUCCUCAGUGAUUUCAGAGCGAUGAACGAAUGUCUUCCUUUGUGAUCUUGAAUGGCUUUGACAUCCUCAUUCGUGACACCUGUAUUUGGUGCUUGGAGAUUGUGCAGCACGAGUCAUGGAGCAUUCACGAAAUCCGGAUUUUUUAAGGUUUCAAGACUCAGCCAUCAACACUGUCCCUUGAUUAACAAGCUUAAGUUCUGUACUGAACGUGAAAUGUAAUUUCGAAAUAUCAGUACUGAUUUGAUUUAAUCAUCAUUUCCUUGUGAUCUUGUUUACCAUAUUGAGCUUUGGGUAACCUUGACACAGAGUUUCUCUUUACUAUUCCACGAUUUUGACUUAUUCAUUAUGUUUAAUGAUACACCUUUUGCAUUGAAUAACCUGUGGCUAACAUUUAUCGCUUGUUUUCCAGCAACCUUCCCCACCUGUUUUGUCGUUGGAUAAUAGUGAGGUGAGUUAUACAACAAGAGAAGUUGGGAAGGGUAAAAGACGUCAACCAACGACUGUUGCAGAUGAUACUGAUUCCGCCAAUUGAUAUCACCGUCCCCGAUGAGAAACUAAUCCACUACACAAGUGAAUCUAUUAUACGUAUAUGAGGGGAGAGUAUAAUUGCUGCUUAUGCGAAUUGUCUUUUAUUUAGCUCAGUUUUGAUGAACAACACAAAACAAGUAAUGAAGGUGAAGUGAAUGUAUUCCAUAGCUUCAUUGGGAUUCCUCGAAUUGGAUGCACUGUAUAUAUCGUGAUGUAAUUACAGAGAUAAGACAAUAAACGUUUGAUUCAGAAUAAUCAUGUGUCAGUUAAUGUAAACAGUCAGACGGCAAAAUACAAAGAAAUGG